GAACCGCAGUGGAGAGAGACCUGGCUGGAGGAGGCUGCGGCGCGGGCGGCCUCCACCUCCUCCAGGGUUCCCCGACGCGCUGCCCUCGUUUUAAUGCGCAGCGACUUCGGGUCAUCUCUCCUUUGCUUCUCGUAGGAGUCGCAGUUCCAGGAACAACAGCCUAGAAGAGGACGCGGUCCCCGCACAGAGGGCUUCAGCACCAUCCCCCCGACCAUUAGGCGGCGGGAUGUCUGUGGUCGGCAUUGACCUCGGCUUUCUCAACUGCUACAUCGCGGUAGCGAGGAGUGGCGGCAUCGAAACCAUCGCCAAUGAGUACAGCGACAGGUGUACCCCAGCCUGUAUAUCUUUGGGAUCAAGAACGCGAGCCAUUGGAAAUGCAGCUAAGAGCCAGAUAAUCACGAAUGUAAGAAAUACAAUUCAUGGUUUCAAAAAGCUUCAUGGGCGAUCAUUUGAUGAUCCUGUUGUGCAAACUGAAAGGAUCAGGCUUCCCUAUGAGCUGCAGAAGAUGUCUAAUGGAAGUGCAGGAGUUAAGGCGCGAUACCUAGAAGAAGAGAGACCUUUUGCAAUCGAGCAAGUUACUGGAAUGCUGUUGGCUAAGCUUAAAGAGACUUCAGAAAAUGCUUUGAAGAAACCAGUGGCUGACUGUGUGAUUUCAAUUCCGAGCUUUUUCACUGAUGCUGAGAGAAGAUCUGUGAUGGCUGCAGCCCAGGUUGCAGGCUUAAAUUGUUUAAGGCUAAUGAAUGAAACUACUGCAGUUGCACUGGCAUAUGGAAUUUAUAAACAGGAUCUUCCUCCGUUAGAUGAGAAACCAAGAAAUGUAAUAUUUAUUGAUAUGGGACAUUCUGCCUACCAGAUCUCAGUUUGUGCUUUUAACAAAGGAAAACUUAAAGUCUUGGCUACUACCUUUGAUCCAUAUUUGGGUGGCAGGAACUUUGAUGAGGUUUUAGUAGACUACUUCUGUGAUGAGUUCAAGACAAAAUAUAAGAUAAAUGUAAAAGAAAACUCUCGGGCCUUGUUGCGCUUAUAUCAGGAAUGUGAAAAACUAAAGAAGCUAAUGAGUGCAAAUGCAUCAGACCUUCCACUGAACAUUGAGUGUUUCAUGAAUGACCUUGAUGUUUCUAGUAAAAUGAACAGGGCUCAGUUUGAACAAUUAUGUGCUUCCCUCUUAGCCAGAGUUGACCCACCAUUAAAAGCAGUAAUGGAACAAGCUAACUUACAAUGUGAAGACAUAAGUAGUAUAGAAAUUGUAGGGGGAGCAACGCGAAUUCCUGCUGUGAAGGAACAAAUCACUAAAUUCUUUCUUAAAGACAUAAGUACCACAUUAAAUGCUGAUGAAGCUGUUGCAAGAGGGUGUGCAUUACAGUGUGCGAUUCUCUCACCAGCAUUUAAAGUGCGUGAAUUUUCCAUAACAGACCUUGUUCCCUAUUCAAUCACAUUAAGUUGGAAGACCUCUUUUGAAGAUGGGACUGGGGAAUGUGAAGUAUUCUGUAAGAACCAUCCUGCCCCAUUCUCAAAAGUCAUUACUUUCCACAAGAAAGAACCAUUUGAACUAGAAGCAUUUUAUACUAAUUUACAUGAAGUGCCUUAUCCAGAUCCAAGAAUUGGGAGCUUCACUAUUCAGAAUGUUUUCCCACAGUCUGAUGGUGAUAGUUCCAAAGUUAAGGUUAAAGUUCGUAUUAACAUCCAUGGAAUCUUCAGUGUGGCUAGUGCAUCAGUAAUUGAGAAGCAGAAUAUAGAAGGGGAUCACAGUGAUGUUCCUAUGGAGACAGAAACUUCUUUUAAGAAUGAAAGCAAAGAUGAUGUGGAUAAAAUGCAGGUUGACCAGGAAGAAGAGGGUCAUCAAAAAUGUCAUGCUGAACACACUCCAGAAGAAGAAAUUGAUCAUACAGGAACCAAAACAAAGUCUGUACCCUCAGAUAAACAAGAGCGAUUAAACCAGACCAUUAAAAAAGGAAGAAUCAAGAGUAUUGAUCUACCUAUCCAGAGUAGCCUGUGUAGGCAAUUGGGCCAAGAUCUUCUCAACAUCUACAUUGAAAAUGAGGGGAAGAUGAUAAUGCAGGACAAAUUAGAGAAAGAAAGAAAUGAUGCGAAGAAUGCUGUUGAAGAAUAUGUAUAUGAUUUUAGGGACAAGCUUGGCACUGUCUAUGAAAAAUUCAUCACUCUAGAAGACUUGAGAAAACUGUCUGCAAUAUUGGAAGACACAGAAAAUUGGCUUUAUGAAGAAGGAGAGGACCAAGCUAAACAGAUUUAUGUGGAUAAGCUUCAAGAACUAAAGAAAUAUGGCCAGCCAAUUCAAAUGAGGUACGUGGAACAUGAAGAGAGACCAAAAGCUUUAAACGACUUGGGAAAAAAGAUCCAACUUGUCAUGAAAGUUAUAGAAGCAUACAGAAACAAGGAUGAAAGAUACGAUCAUUUGGAUCCUGCUGAAAUGGAAAAAGUUGAAAAAUAUAUCAGUGAAGCCAUGAGUUGGCUGAACAGUAAGAUGAAUGCACAGAACAAACUAAGUCUCACUCAAGAUCCUGUGGUCAAAGUUUCAGAAAUAGUCGCAAAGUCAAAGGAACUGGAUCAUUUCUGUAACCCCAUCAUUUAUAAGCCCAAACCAAAAGUAGAGGUUGCUGAAGACAAGGCAAAAGCUAAUAGUGAACACAACGGACCAGUGGAUGGACAGAGUGGGACUGAAACUAAACCAGAUACAACAAAAGACAGCACACAGCAUACUAAAUCUUCUGGAGAGAUGGAAGUGGACUAAGUCUUAAUUUCACCUUCACGUAAUUCAAACAGUGCAAGUAACCACAGGGUCCAUUCUUCUUUUACAUCUGGUACACACAACAGACAUUUAGUUGUUCUUAACCACUUUUUGUCAUUUGUUUUUUGGAGUAGUUUCGAAAAGUGUUUUAUAUUGAGUGCACCUCUUGUUCAUUUCCAUUGCUGCUUAAUGUGAAGAUUUAGCUGAAUAUACAUUAACAAGUCAGUUUAAGCUUUCCUAAUAUAUUUUAUGUCAAACAUGCAAGAUUGAUAAGUAGCUGGCAACCUUAUUUAAAGCUUCUACUUGGAUAAACCUCAGCUCCUUUAUUCAGGAAAGGAUACUGUAUUGUGCUACUGUUGCAGAAGCAUAGAUUUAAUUGCAUCAUUAUUUUGAAAAACAAAUACUGAAACUGAUGUGGUUUAAAGCCACCAAGUCACUGACCUUUUUCUAGUUAUGGUAUUGUUAUAAUUUAAAUAUUAAAACAAAUAAGAGGUUCCUUGACAAAUUAGUCCAUCUCGUUGGUGUGCCAUGAGAACUUCAAAACUUUGUUUUCAUCAUAUAAAUGAACUAAAUCACACAUUGAAAAGGAAAAUGCACAAUUUUAUGUUAAGGUGACACCAGCAGUUAGCUUCUUUUCAUUAGUCAUGUGGAUUGAUGUUUCUUAGAGUAAUUCAGUGUCUUUAGCACUUGAAACUUCUGAUCUACUUGUCCUGAAGACCAGUUGCUGCUAAAGUGAUGCUGGCCCAAAAAUGAUGAAGCAUUUUUGAUGAAAAUACCUUCAUGUUAAGGGGGAAAUGCUGUUGACCUACUCAGACAUGCAUCUGUGAUGUUGAUAACCUUGUUUUAGUUUUAAUAGUUGUUUUGGUCUUCUUAGUUGAUUUUGUUAAUAUGUUAACAGAGGGCAGGGAGAAACGGCACAAUGUGUAUUGCAUUGUAUACAUUUAUCACUGAUUUACUUAAUGUUAACAUAUAAACACUAAAUAAGCAGUAACACUUGAAAAGAAGCACUUAUACCAUAGGUCUUAGGAAAUACUGCUUGUAAUAAACUUAACUGUGUUACACAUCAACAGGCAAAAUAUAGAAUGUUACAUAGUGUAAUAUGAUAUGAUGUGAUUAAAUUAUAGUUCCUGCUGUUACAAUACCUGUUCA